CUCAAGAAGAUGUCAAUACAGAUAACUUUAGCAAAUGUGGCUGUGUGAGACCCAUGAAGAGGAUUUUACUCCUUGGUUACCCCUGCUUUAAUUCAAAAUUUUAAAGAUUGUUACUACGUCAUGACUUCUUGUAAGUAUGUUACGAUACUUGCCUUUUAUUAAUGAAUAUUUCUACUUUGAUUUGCACUUUUCAAAUAUACUAUAGCAGGGCUAUUUACUAAAGUGGGAAUUCAAAGUGAAUUUCAUAUUUAAUCCAGAGUAGCUGUACUGAAAGCAGUGCUGACUUAAAUUUAAAAUUCAUUCGGAAUUCACCUUGAAUUCUCACUUCAGUAAGUAACCCUGUUGUGACUGUACAUGCGUUUUAGUUGUUAUUGUUUUAGAAAUUACCUUGCUGUAUUUGUGCUAUUAGAAAUUUGAUAGCUUUGGAAGGCUGGAUUAGCAAGCCUGCUUUAACUGAUGCUCUUUGUUUUCAUUGCAUGAUAGAUUAAGUAAAAGUUUGUUAUUAAGAGCAGUUAUGGGGCAAUUUUUUAUAAGUGGAGAAAUCAACAUGAUAACAAUUCGAAUGAUCCUGCUGGGUGCUUAACUUUUAGAACUAGGCCAUAGAAUAAGUCUUAAGGAAAAAAGUAAUAAUUUUUCUCUGUUGGGUUAGAGUAUUAAUAGGUGUCCAUACAGUAUCUGAGAAAAGGCCAUUUUAAAAAAUUCAUGACUACUGACAAACUUAUGAUUUUCACAUGCUAACACACAUUUUAAAGAAACAUUUCAAACACUAUAGCAUUCUACCCUGUCACCCCACUCCUUUUCCUCUACAUUGUUAAUAGUUAAACCAAUUUAGAAUGGUUUCAAUUCUUACUUGGGGUAUGGUGGGUGCUUCUCAAUGCCUCUUCUACUAAGCAUGAUCUUUCGUUAGCUCCCCUAGGCUAAGCCUUGCAUUGUGGUCCUUGCUCAUUUGCUGAGAACAUCGCUCUCCAUCACUAAGCUUCUGUCUGUCCAUCUUUAGCAGAGGAGGUGGGAAAAGCAUCUGACAGAACCCAUAUAAGAAGUCAAACCUUCCUAAAAUGGAGUGACUACUUCCAAUGGGAGAGCCAGGGCACUCCUGGUUUCAAAACCACUACAACAUGCUGUAGUGUUAAUGGUGCUUAGAAUGUGCCUUUAAAGUUGUAUGAAUUGAUAUUUUAGCUGAGAAUGAUUUUUGGCUGCAAGAUACGUGGUCAUGAAAUAAUAGAAUCUUAUUUUUCAGGCUUAGACAACCUUAGAUAAGGUCUGAAAGCAGAAAAUUAAACAUGGGUAUGAGUUUUUCCAUGGGUUUUAACACACUGAUGUAGGUAUUUUUACACAUUUUGCUUAACAAUAAUUAAAUGUGUGAGCAAUAUGGAGACUAAAUUUUAAUCUAUUUCUUUCAUUGCUCAUUGUUAUUAUACAUGUUACCUUGGCGCAAUUACUUUAUAUAUGACCUGUAACCCACGGGCAAUUGGCUCCUAUUUAGUAAAAAUAAAGAAACAUGCUAGUCUCAAAUUGCCUUUUUUAGUCUUUGUUCCAUUAGAAUGUAUCAUAGUGUUGCUUGACACUUUGGGGUCAUGUAUAAAAAUUGAUGCAUUCGCUUUUACAUUUGUGCCAGUUUUGCAUGAAUGCACCAUUUUCAUUCUAUAAAAAAGUUACUCCAGCAUUAUAUAUUGGUAUAUUUAACCCCUUAAGGACACACCUUCUGGAAUAAAAGGGAAUCAUGACGGAAUAUUUCCGUCAUGUGUCCUUAAGGGGUUGAACUUCUUCUUACUCUUUGUUUUGCUCUUUUGUUGUUUUAAAUUGUUUAUUGAUCUUAAAGCUGUGAGCAACAGGGAUAUUUUAACCACAGAAAGUCUCACCAGAGUGCGGUAUUGAUGAUAGCUAUAUAUAACAAAAUGGAUACAUUUCAUUGGCUUUAUGUUUUUGCAACUUUAAUCUAAACACCUUAAGUUACAUAAAUUACAAACAAAUUCCUAAAGCCCAAGUUACACCAUAAUAUUUGACAUAUAACAAAUUACAGGUCUGAUAAUCUUAUCGAUGCAACCACAUAACCACUCAUAUCAGUUAUCUUCAGACACACACUUCUUCAGACUCUCUACUCCCUGUUACACUACACUUACAAGCAGAACUAAAUAAUAACAACUGGGCAAAGAUUAUCAGGUAGAACAAAUUAUAUAUAUACAGCGUCUUUUCUUAAUCUUUCACUCAGGUUGGCUUCUUUUGAGGUCUCUUCUUAGCUAACACUCUCGUCUUGAGGUUUAAAUAUUCAAUUCACAAGAAUAUGUACAAACUCUUGCACUAUUUGUUCAAAUCCUUACGAACACACUGAGUCUUUGCUGCAUGCACCCCUUCAUUCUUUCCUUUGCUAGACUUCUUUUUAAAGGAACACUACAGUGACAGGAAUACCAACAUAUAUUCCUGUCACUACGGGUAUGACAACACUAUUUAGGGUUCGGCCCUCUGAAAGCAAUUUUAGAGUUUACUCCCCUAUAUUACAGCGCUGCAGACUAUACACACAAGAACAACUACAUUAACCCCUUAAGGACACAUGACGGAAAUAUUCCGUCAUGAUUCCCUUUUAUUACAGAAGUUGUGUCCUUAAGGGGUUAAAUUGUAGUUGUUCUGGUGACUAUAGUGUCCCUUGAAGCAUAAGACAGUUUACCUUCACCCAACAUGUUGUUGCAAGAGAACCCAGUUCUUUCAAAACAUCCUUUUCAUAGUUCAAUGGUUCCAAUGGCAUCAUUGCAAAACAAGCAUCUUUUAAAACAUACACAUAUUUGUAAAACAGCAAAUAAACUUAUCGGUGAAAUGGUGAAUAAUUAAGACAAACUGAGAUGAAUCAUCACAGAAUUUACCUUACAACUCUAAAGAUGUUACUGUUAUUCUGGGCAAGGUAAAUACUCUACAGAAGUAGGUAGAUAAUGUGCUUAAUCACAAUAAUCAAGAUAUCAUUAAACAUUUUUCCUUAAACUUUUUUUUGUUGCAAUUUCUUUUUUAUUAAAUGUUUGACAUUUACAUACAAUAAAUGGAGAAAGGACAAUAAAAAACAAAAACAAAAACAACAUUUACAUACAUGUCAUUUAUAAAAACUGUAGAUAAUGGUAAUAGAAACAUAGAAUUUGACGACAGAUAAGAACCAUUCGUCCCAUCUAGUCUGCCCAAUUUUCCAAAUACUUUCAUUAGUCCCUAUAGUUAGGAUAGCCUUAUGCCUAUCCCACGCAUGCUUAAACUCCUUUACUGUGUAAACCUCUACCACUUCAGCUGGAAGGCUAUUCCAUGCAUCCACUACCCUCUCAGUAAAGUAAUACUUCCUGGUAUUAUUUUUAAACCUUUUCCCCUCUAAUUUAAGACUAUGUCCUCUUGUUGUGGUAGUUUUUCUUCUUUUAAAUAUAGUCUCCUCCUUUACUGUGUUGAUUCCCUUUAUAUAUUUAAAUGUUUCUAUCAUAUCCCCCCUGUCUCGUCUUUCCUCCAAGCUAUACAUGUUAAGAUCCUUUAACCUUUCCUGGUAAGUUUUAUCCCACAAUCCAUGAACCAGUUUAGUAGCCCUUCUCUGAACCCUCUCUAAGGUAUCAAUAUCCUUCUGAAGAUACGGUUUCCAGAACUGCGUACAAUACUCCAAGUGAGGUCUCACCAGUGUUCUGUACAAAUGCACUUCCAUCUUUCUACUGCUAAUACCUCUCCCAAUACAACCAAGCAUUCUGCUAGCAUUUCCUGCUGCUCUAUUACAUUGUCUGCCUACCUUUAAGUCAUCAGAAAUAAUCACCCCUAAUCCCUUUCUGUACUCUGCCCUUGGGUUUUUACGUCCAAGAUGCAUUAUCUUGCAAUUAUCCACAUUAAAUGUCAGUUGCCACAACUCUAAAUGCGCUUAAUUAAUUUUAUAUAUAUAAUUAAUUUGCAUCAGUUUAUUUAACCGAUUUUCAAAUAAUUUCAGUUUUUUUAAUUGAGACUGAAUAUAUCCCGCUUACUACUCUUGCCGUUUUUAGUUGAAAUUGCAGUUGAUAUAAUACGUUAUUCCAUGAAGGGUUUAGUUGGGAUUUCCAAUUUCUUUCUAUUAUUAUUUUUACCACUAAUAGACUGUGUAUUACAAGAUGUUUUUCUGAUAAUUUCCUAUUUGGUCAGUCCAUAUAUAACAGAGCCACCUGUGGGGAUCUAUUCAUUUUAAAUUAGAUGGCACCUCCACCAUAUAUGGAUAUAGUUUCCUUCUUCAAUUUGGCAUCUCCAACAUAUAGAUGUAUUUGUAGCCUGAUAUUUUAAAUAGUCUUGUGGGGACUAUUUACUUUAUAUUGAAUUUCUAGUAAGUUGAGACAUUUUAUUGCUGGACAGCUCACUAAGAAUGCAGCUUCACAAUGGAUGCUGUCCAGGAGGUGGGAGGGUCUGGGAGGGAGGGUCUGCUGCUGAUUGGCUGGAAUGUGUCUGCUGACUGUGAGGUACAGGUUCAAAGUUUACUCAAUGAUGAGUCCGUGGCAAACCGUUCGUGGCGAACCGUUCGCGAACCGUUUGGCGAACAGUUCGGGACAUCACUACUGGAUAUAUUUCUGAUAAAUUCGAGCACUGAUCCUCCUGUAUUAUCUUUAUGUCGAGCUCUUUCUCCCAUGCUGAUAGGGCUUGAUGACCUAUAGUUUUUUGAAUAAGCGUCAUUAAAGCCAAGGCUCUUAUAACCAAUUUUUUUUAAAUCUUUUAUUUGAAAAAGAUCUUUGAGAUUUUCUAUUAGAUUGAUAUUCUGCUUAAUCAGAUAUUUUUAUUUUUUUAAUCUUUUUACUCCUAAAAAAUGAAAUGCUUCAGCUGACGUUAAAUUAACAACUUCAACUAAAUCUGAAAAUGUCUUAUUUUCGUUUCCUAUAGUAAUUGGUUUAUGGAAGAAAUGCUGCAUCUUAUACACUUUUUUAAAUUUAAAUCAUCUACUAUAUAUUCCAAAAAAAAUUAAAUGAUAAAAAGGACGGAAUUAGAUUUGGGAAAUUGUAUAUAUUUUUUAAAAUUUAUUUUAAACCAAGAAUUUAGAGUUUGAGUUCGAAUUUUACUUAAUAUUGUUAUUUGCUUGUCUGUCAACAUAUUUUUUGUGUCUUAAGCCAUAAAAAGUAAUCUAUUGUUUUCAUUUCAGAGCUAGAACUUAUAUGCAGAAUAAAUAUUUACGCAUAGUGCAGUACUAUAUGGUAGCAAUGUUUAAAGUUGUGCAAAGUGAUUUCAGCAUCCUGACUUUUACUCUACAGAACUGUGUUCUGGCUCUGUAUAACAAUCUCUAAAUGUAUACAGAGUAGGUUAGUGGGUUCAAAUCGUCAUGACUGAAAGUGAAACGAGGAAUCAGGGGAUCUCCCCAAUUGGCACGCAGCAGUGCCCACUCACCAUAAAUACACAGAUUGCUCAUUCUCAAAGCCUCUGCUAAUUGUCACCUGAAUCACUGUAAUGUUUCUGUCACUUUUAGACUUUGGAUAGUUACAAUAAACUUGCAUUUGGUUUCAAACAAAUUGCGAUUUGCCAGAAUGGUGGGCAGUUGGCAGUCUGUCCAAAUUCCGUAACUCUAAAUAUGAUAUGACUGAAAAGGGGACUAAGCAAGUGAUCUCUAUUCUGUGUUUUAAAUGUCCAUCCCUGGCAAAAAAAUAUAAGAUGAUUGAUGGAAACAAAGAUAAUUUAUGGUUAAUUCAUGCACACUGUCGGAUUACAAUCUGUUUGAUAGAACAAUGACAUAUUUUUAUAUACCUUAUUCACAGUAUAUAGAACUUGUAUGGCAUAAAUGAAAUCACACAUUCCAGGUAAGAAUAGCAUGAGAGGGGGAGGGGGUCAUAGCAAAAGUAAAAAAAAAAAAAAAAAAAUCUUUGCAGUUUUAAUGAGUGAUAUGAAGACAAAAACAAAAUUAAACUUCUUGGAUUAUAACAUAUGCAAGGAGCAUAGUCUUAGAGUGCUGUUUUAAAUAGAGUAAUUAGCGCAAGGUUGGUUUCUGGUGAAAUGGUUUCUGGUGAAAUGCAUUGUGCGUAAUCAGUUAUGGCAAGUACACAUUUAGCAUAAAUUAUCUGCUACAAAGUUCUGUCUCGAUGGGUGUGGAAACCAGCAUUACUAAACCUCACUGAGAACUCUGGCACAAUGCUCUGAACUAUUUUCUCUUACUAUUGAAGUUACAGAGAAUGGAACACUGAAAAUGUACCAUAAGCAUAUUGACUUCUGUGUUGUACUUGGCUGAAUGUAAUCCUUAAGUAUAUUUUUUUAUGUCAGAAUAAACUUGAAAUUCCCAUUGGGUAAAAUAAGAACUAGUAAGACAUUUUAGAGAGACGUAUGCAUAACUCCAGGGUAAGCCAACAAAAUUAGACAUUUAUAAUCUGUUGUUGCAGGUUAAAGAACCACUAAAGCAGUAAUAAUACAAAACUGUAGUCCUAACUCUAAGGUGUCACUGUCCCCAAUAACUAUAGCCUCCAGGUGUAUAAAGGAUUAAAUACCCAUUUUACAGACUUCAGCGCUGGCUCGGUCUUCUCCUUCAGAGACGUCCCACUGAUGGGGGACCCUAAUCCACAUGCAACACGUACAAUUAGGAAAGCAUUGAAUCAGUGCUUUAAUAUGGGAAUUUGAAGACGUUAGAUGUCCUCAUGCAGAGCAUGAAAAUGUCUGGCAUCAUUUCAAACAGUUAUUCAUAGAAAGGCUUGGUGUGUGUUAGCAAGACAAGUAUAUUCAAACACAAAUACAGAAAGACAAAGAAUGCACCACGAGAACCCAUUACUACUGGACAAAGCUAUGGCUCUACCAUAUGAGGAAAGACUUUCCAGAAAUAGAAAUGUAUUUUAUGUCCAACUUAUUUUAGAAUUUCCAACUUUAUAUUAAUAUUUUAUAGAAUAAUUUAGAAAGCUUGCCUUAGUGUGUCCACUUCAGGGAAUUAUGUAAAGUGUGGAGGAACUCUGAGUGAGUGGACUAUGUUUUAAUCAAUAGCUUUGUUAAUGAUAGAAUAAUGGACUGUGUUAUCCAGUGGAGAGUGAAUUUAGGGAGUAAAAUAACAUUUUUAAAUUUAAAUAUAAAAUAGAGAAACUGAAAACUCAUCUGACUAAGAGAAUAUAAAUGUGUGACUGCUUGUUUGUAUUUUAGUGUGUGUGUAGCAUCAAUGUGAAUGUACGUGUAUAUUGUAAAAAAAAAGAAAUAUGUGAACCUGUCACUUUGUGCUUCCAGUGUGGCACAAAAAAAAUAAAACUGUUAUAAACAAGAUAAAAUACUAAUACACUAUCAAAUAAAUAUUAACUUUAAAGUGCAAAUUGCAUAAUGUGCAUAUACAUAUAUUUAAUAUACUCAGCAGCAGUAUACAUUUCCAGGCAAGUUAAAAACUUGAAAAAACAUAGAAAAAUUAGCACACAAUAUUGUACUAUGUACAAAACAAUAUCAUAUAUACAGCAGACUAGUAAAUGCCCACUCACAUGAAUCAGAACCGGAACUGACUCUAUCUGUACACCUUGGAGUCACUGGGGGACCCCUAUGCUCUUUUGGUGUCCUCAAAGACCUCAGGGACAAACCAGGUAGAAAUGUAUAGUGUAGUAUAUCUUUAAAAAAACGUCACAAUAUAAUUUUAAUUUGGAAAAUUACUCAUAUGUUCCUGAGCCGUUCCUUGGCUCUUCUAAAAUUACAAUGUGUCCACUUUUAGGGGAUGCCACCCUCUGUGAACCAAAUGCAGGAAAUGCUUCAACGAAUGAUUACACAAUUAUAUUUAUUAAAUCACAAAUAUCAAAAAAAUAAAAAAAAAUAAAACCAAGAUGUAAGUUCAUCUACUUAGGCUCCCUCAGUCCUUAUGAAUGUCCCUGUAAAAUAAUGUCCUUUUUUAGCCCCUUUCUUAGUUCAAUUAACUUCAUUGGCGUAUGUUCCACACCUCCUUUUGGUGCUAACCACAUAAGGGAUGUGUUCCAGGCCUCAUUAUGAUCCAGAGGAAUGUGAUUUGCAUCUUUUGCAUUCCAAACUGAGAAGCAUUCUCACGGCGACCAUUUUUUUUAAAUGAUCCACCGUGGUUUAAGUUGCCAUCUUGGAUGUGUUCACCGUGGUUCAGAACUCCGGCUUCCAUCUUGAUGGUUUUAUUGUUCCAACCCUCCAUAUCUUUCUAAAUGUUUAUUUCUGGCACUGGACUCUAUAACUUAUUUUAUUUAUGUUCUGUUUAUAACAGUGUACCAAACCCUAGUCUCCCCACUGGAUUCUAUAAUAAGUACACAUUUAUAAAAAGUAUAUAGUAUUACAUCUAAGUAUAUUGAAAAUAAUGUGGUGGGAUAAAUAGACUGAUUUGACUCUGUAACACACAAUGAUAUAUGGUUGGUCUCACAACAAGGCCCCCCUCUUUGUGUCUGGAAACAUAUAUGGGCCCAUUGCAAACUAAAAUAUCAAAUAAAAAUUGUGACAGAACCAUCCGUCUGACUAGUGUGGUGGAUUCGUCUGUUUCCUGCACCUUCGUGUAAAUGGCUGUUUCCUAUAGACCAGCCAUACGAAUGACUAUUUUUCACGGAACAAAGCUAUCGAACGGAAGGCCACCCAGGAGAGAAGUGUGCUGCUGGUUAACCUAUUGAUCCCAAUUAGAACGUUGUGGUUAACCGCAGACACUUGUCAAUUAAACUGAAUUCAGGGUGGCCGUCAUUCGUAUGUCGACCACGAGGCAGCGGCCAUUUUAAAACACACGAAAGCCCAGCGGUGUUCGGCUCUAUUUUCAUGGAACUAAAAACGGACACUUUUUCUGCCGAACACCGCUGAAUCAACGGGAUGCCGUAUGAAAACGUAUGAACACCGGCCGUUCAGGAGUUGUACAGCACAUGAAAAGACUUAACCCAGAUAGCCCUCCCAUGGAGUCAAUCGCAUACCGAAAGACUGUAAGAACUUUGACUCCAUGGCGAUUGAACUAUUUGUGUGGGAUCUGAGCGCUAUUCGCCAAUAAUAUGCACUCAGAUCCAGGCUAUCUGGGGAUAUGUGAUGUGAAUAAGAAAUGUUCGGUUAUUUUCAAAUGAUUUAUUUUUAUGUAUUUUCUGGUUUUGUAUCUAAGAUGGCGAUUUGUCUUUGUCCUGGAGAUAAUUGAAUUACUUCUCAAUUAUCUCCAGGGCAGAGGGGAGGAGACCAUAUUGCAUUGUGGGAAAAACCUGUGACUGUAUGUCUGAAAUGUCCCCCUGUCUAUCGGUCAUUUCAGUCUCCCAUUUGGUCCCCUAGGGGAGUGUCCACCAAGUGGGAGACUUGCAUAAAUACGGGCAGGUAGCCCACAGUAAAGCCAGAUCCUGUUUAACCCACAAUGCGGAGCUUCUGUCUCGUUAUUGGGGGGAUUCUUAUUGCGCUUAGAGACUGAUUAAUGUGGUUAGCAGCGGUUCGUGGAUUUCCGUUCGGGAGUUUGGAGCCUUCUCACGGAUCCCGGUCGGGAGAUUACCGCUUCCCCUGGUUAUGGUUCGUGUAUUACAAUUGAUGCGAAUGGAUUAUUGAUAUUGCGAAAGGGGAAGGUGAACUACACGGUGGUUUCUCUUAAAGACACCAGAGGUGUCUUAACAAAAAUAAUAAUAGUAAAACAGAAUAUAUAACAGUAGAAUAUUUACAGAAGAGAUAUUUAAAAAAAAUAAAAAAAUAAUUACUAUAGAUAUCAGACCUUUGAAAAGGGGGAGUUCAUUAGAUCUAAUACAAAAAAAAGGUUGGGGCUUGACCAGCAUGGUUUCCAAAUGUGCAAAGUGUGUGCUCCUCACAAAACCCCUCUAAAUUGUGAUCUGGUGAUGGGAUCUUACCCACACACACUGCCCAAAUGCAUACAUACCAGCUCCUGAACAAAGUGAAGACUCUCUGGGCAAGUUUUCAUUUCAUCUCCUGAGGCCUGAUUCCACAUCGUAGCCUACAAGCGUGUAGCAGUAUCUGGCAUGCUCGAUAUCUUGGCGGCCUGCCAACACACCUGAGGAGGGGGAGGCCAUCUAUCCUCUUCCUAGACCUCAUGAAAGCUUGUUCCUGGGUCCUGCCCCCCCCCCCCCUUAGGAUUGGUGGGAGAUAUCUUAGUCCCCACUGGUGGAAUCUAGUGGCCUCAGUGUGCCACUACACUUUACACAGGUCUGGAAGGUUGAGGCCUACCUUUUAAAACGGCCACCAAGCCAGGACCUGCUGCUUCAAGGACCUUCUUACUGCCUACUCACUAUGUGGACUCACUGCUGAGAGCUUUUGACUGUCUGUGUGCUCAGUUCUUGGCAAAACUUUAUGAGCGUAAGCUUCAUAAUACUCACAUAAUUUCUCUGAUCCCAAACGCAUGCCACUAGCGCUUUGUGUUUUUUUCCCGGGCUUCGCCCACGGACCAUCAUAAAGGUGGAGACGGCCUCUGGCACCAGGCGAUCCGACUUUCAAGCCAGUUCACCUGGACUGAGACUCACUCUGAGUUUUUUCCCCAGGCACAGCCUAUACAGCUGUUGGGCUCCCAUAAUACAAUGCUGGCUGCCUAGAAAAAGAAGAAACCCAAUGGUCUCUCCUGUAACCAGAUGUGGCUGGUCUCCGAGGAACACUUUACCUGAGUGUGAGGAGACAUAGGUCCAGUGGGAUGGCCUGCUCCCUUUAGCUGGACUCCAAUCAUUCAUCAACAGUGUCUCUCCAGGCAUCGGCUGAUUUGGCUGCUGAACACUCCUACAUCAAGGCUUAUUUUUAUUUACGUCAGCCUGUCUAAAAUAAUUUCAUCUUAGGCAAUCAAACAAAUGUCACUAUUAAUAUUUUAUAUCAACUCAUGUUACUAAUGAAUAAAGCAAUAGCAUAUAUAAAAAUGCACAUUGCAAGCAUUUCAAGUCCUUGUGGAUGACAGAUGAAAGAAGAAAGACUAAAUGAGUUUAAAUUGAGUCUAAAUUUACUGUCUUGCUUUGUUUAAUUCAGCAUUACCAUCCCAUUUAUGACCUCUAGGAUCCCAGCUUUUCAUGUUGCCCUUGGAUGUUGAAAGGCCUCUUAUUGCUUGCACAGCAACCAAAUCAAUAGUCUCAUUGCUCUGGACCUUCAAACUUUAGUCCAUUUGUUUACUGUACAUUAAUCACAUCUAAAGUGCUGUCUGUGCAUUUAGUGCUUCUUACCACUGCAUAGCUACAAACUUACGGUUAAAUAUAGGUAUCACUAUUACAGCUAGAGAUCUGUAAAUGUGGUACUUUGAAGGUAGUGAAUAGAAUCAUCUUGUACAUUUUGUCUUUUUAUCUGGAAGGGAUUCCGUAACAUUUUGCAGGUUUUUCCAAUUUUGAAAUGAAAGGAAGAGGGUGCAUUCAAUCAAUAGCACCCAGGUGAAUUGGCUCACAGGGCAGCAAAACAAUUCAGAUAAUUACACUUUUUUACAUUUUUUGAACUUGAGCUUAUACAAAAUAUGGCUUUAGCCGCUAGACUGUCUAUUGCUGCAGCUGCGCUACACCCUCUGUGAGGUUAUCGGUACUAAACUGGUGAUCUCCCGGCCAAUAGAUUGCUUAUCGCAUAGAAAAGCAGUCAAUGCAAUGCUUCUCUGUGAGAAGAAUUGCUUUCCACUUGUGCUGGGGCAGAAAGCAAUCUGGAGAGCACCAUUUUGCCUUUCUGAUUGACCGCUAGGAGGGUGCAAUUUAGCACCUUUACAUAAAGUGCUGAGGUGACAUUCAGUGAACCAACAAAGCACCACAGCAAGCUAUAUAUUAUAUAAUAUUUAGGGGUUCGGAGUAACCCCCAACCCUUGGAUACCGAUCAAACUACACGAAACUCCAAGAAGUGCCUCUAGAUGCCGUCUUAAUACUGCAAUGGAAACAUUGUAGUUUAUUUUGCAUUGCAGGACUAAAAGGGACAGUGGCACUGUCCCCAGUACACUUUAAUGAGAUGUAGUGGUCUGGGUGCCUACUUGAAACUGUCCAUACACACUGUCAUACAAUCCCCAACUCACUUCCCCAAUUCCCCACACACUGUGAUAUGUUAGCCAUGUCCCGACGGGGGAGCAGAUAAUAAGUCUGAGCCCUGGUACCAUUGAUCCUUGCCUCCCAUGUUCAGUUUAUACAAAGAAAGUAUUGCUUGCAUUUGGCAAUACUGCAUGGAUAUAUUCAGAAUAAUCCAUCAUAACAACAAAAAAAACCCAGCUUUGGCUAAUUACUAUUUUCUUUUUGAAAAUCUGGAAUAAUUACUUAAUGAUCACAUUUACGUAACUUAUUUUGCUGAUCGAUUAAAUUAUUUCCAAAGCACCAGCUACUCGAGAGGUUUUGUUUUGUUGACUAUAGAACAGGGGAGAUUUAAAGCGCUACGGAAUCUGUUGGCGCUAUAUAAAUGUCAAUAAUAAUAAUAAUAAUAAUAAUUUAGAAAUGUACAUGUUCUGUGUGUGGUUUGGAGAUUUUGCGACUCUUUUGAAAUCCUCAAAAUGGCCUAACCCUAAUAUUGAGAAAUGUAGAAAUUGUGUUUUCUGGCUUUCUCAGAAUCUAUAGCGGGCUAUCUAAUACCCAGCAGACACAAAUAAUCCUAAUGAAUACUCUGCUGUAUGCGAGUUAAAAAUAUAUUGGCAUAAUCAUGGAAUAUGCAUGAGCUGCGUCCAGCUACAAAAAUGUGCCUUGACUUUUACAGACAUUUAUGUUGACAUUUGAUAUAUUUUGACUAUAUUGAUAGUUUCUAAGAUAUCUUUAAGCGUACUCUUGCUACUGCAGCUUAAAUUCUUAGAAAGAAAACAUUACAGAGAGCAUUUUUUUUCUUCUUUUUAUAAAAAAACUGAAUGUUAAUGUACUGAUUGUACAUUUCAUUUGUGUCCCACAAUGAACAUCAGUUAUUUGUUUGUUUUAGUAUUUAUUAAAAAUAUCUGCUACUGCACCUUCGCAAUUAUAUAGGAUCAUGAUGAUUAGAGACAGUAGAAUUAGUUGGCCUUUCUUUAUUUCUUUCCUCUAACAUCAACUUAGAAUCAAAUUUGGGCUCCUUAACCCCUUAAGGACACAUGACAUGUGUGACAUGUCAUGAUUCCCUUUUAUUCCAGAAGGUUGGUCUUUAAGGGGUUAAAGAACUUUGAAAAGUUCUUUCCUUCACCCAGUCCUCAAACUAUUCGACACUGAGGAAAAAAGAAAAAACUAUUUUCUCUAUGUUUGUGAAGGAAACAUAAGUGAGUAUCUUGAAUGAGGAUUAAGUGUGUUUCUUAAACUGGGACUAGGCCAGCAUUACCCAAUUGGUGUUCCGCGGACUUCUGCUGUGAUUUCCCUAUCGGGUGACCCAUUCACAUAGGGUCACCAACUGGUAUCGCUAAACUGGGGCUUGGUUAGGCACCGUGACCCUUUAAGAGCGCGACUGGGUCCCUGUAGUAUCCGAUCCUGGGAGGAAGUGACAGUGUAUCACUUCCUCCCAGACUUAGAGCGCACCGAGUGAGACAGGGAGUGAGCAGCUGCAGAUCCUCAGCAGCACCUAGAAUCUUGGGUUGGUUCUUGAGAUCCUCUCUAUUUGCCCUCCACAUACCAUGAAGUACAGGAUAUGUAUACCUCUGACUGCAGAAGAGGUAAGUGACCCUGCUUUCUGUACUACAAAGGAUUUAUGCUGUAAUGUGGGAAAGAGAGGGGUUAAAUAAUUCACUAAUGAGUGUCCACUGCUGGAUAAUCUAAUUAAUAGUAAUUCCAUUAAGUAACUUGGUGCUGAAUAAAUUGACUUACUUGUAUUCUUGUAUCCCAUCCUAUGCUGAAUUUUCCAAGUUCUUGUUGAUAUUAGCAUAUGUAAUGUUAAAUAGUUUGAAUUACUCUUUUGGCAGUAACUCAUACAAAGCUGGAUAGAUAACAUGACUGUCUUUAGUGUAAAUAAUCCAUGCCUUGCUGGGAGGUCAUCUAACCUCACUAUCCAGUAUAAUGUGUGUAUCUGUCAGUGUUUGUGUGUAUCUGUGUGUGUGUGUGUGUGUGUAUCUGUGUGUGUGUAUCUGUGUGUCAGUGUGUAUCUGUGUGUGUGUCUAUGUGCUUGUGUGUCAGUGUGUGUAUCUGUGUGUGUAUGUGCCUGUAUGUCAGUAUGUAUACAUGUGUGUAAGUACCUGUGUGUCAGUGUGUGUAUCUGAGUGUGUCUGCUUGUGUCAGUGUGUGUAUCUGAGUGUGUCUGCUUGUGUCAGUGUGUAUAUCCAUGUGUCAAAGUGUGUGUAUGGCACGGUGUGUCAGUGUGUUUAUCUGAGUGCAUGUGUAUGUUCCAGUUGGUGUAUCUGUGUGUCAGUGUGUGAAUGUGCCAGUGUGUGUAACUGUGUGUGUGUGUAUGUAUCACUGUGUGUAUCUGUGUGUCAAGGUGUGUGCAUGUGUCAAGGUGUGUAUCUUUGUGUCUGUUUGUGUAUGUCAGUAUGUAUAUGAAUGUGUGUUUGUGUCAAUGUGUUUAUGUGUAUCUGUGUGUUAAUGUGUAAGUAUGUAUGUAUGUGGCAGUGUAUGUGUAUGUAUCCCAGCAAUGAACAACAACACAACCUACAAACACACCUCUGCAAUCACAAACAUUAUAUACAAAAACACCCAUAAAUUCAAACUACACAUUUAUAUACAAACAACACACCCUUCACUCAAACACCAAUACUACACACAAAUAUACAUCCGCAUUUAAAAGCCAAUGUUAAGUUCAAACCACCUCUGCAUGCAAAUGCAAACACACCCAGUAUUAAAAAGCUAACAUUAUAUACAAACAUCAACUCUACACACAGAAGCACACCUGCUCCUAAGUACUGCAAUCUGUUUACUGUCUGUAGAAAUUAGUGUAUAUAUACCAAUAAAUUAAAUUAGUUAAAAAAUAAAACAUUACACUCUGCUAAUUGCUAAUUAAAAGAUUUGUGCUAUGGCGUAAUAUUUUUGGGGGUGUUUCAUGAUGUUAGUAUAGUAUGUCAAAGGGUUCAACUGGAAAAAUAAUUGGGAACCCCUGGACUAGGAAAUCGUUCCAAAGUUCUAGUUUAAAAAAAAAAAAAAAUGAUUUACAAUGAUUAAUUAUCGAGAAGCAUAAUUAAUUAAGGGUGUUGUGGCCUAUUUGUUUCAUUGAAGAAGCACCCCCAAAGAAGUAUAUCUUACUCAGUUGGCACUGGUUCAGUGAAUGCUGGUUAUGAAUACUAUUAUGGUGUCAACGAACAUAAACAUUUCUAACAUUCUCCUAUGUUUUUUUUCUCUAUUUUAGCUGCUACCAUGAAUGUUACUGCUGAUGCAAUCUUCACUACAGGAGAAUAUGAAUAUCCAGAAAAUUAUUUAACAGAUUUGGAAAUUAUAUCCCCUUACACAUCCAUUUUCAAACCUAUUGUCUAUUGCCUAACAUUUGUCUUUGGAUUGAUUGGAAAUAUUUUGGUGAUGAUCGUGUUGGUAGGCUGUAAGAAGCUUAGCACUAUGACGGACAUUUACCUACUAAACAUGGCGAUUUCUGACAUGGUCUUUGUCCUGUCCUUGCCAUUUUUAGCCUAUACAGCCACAGACCAGUGGGUGUUUGGAGAUUUCAUGUGCAAAUUAUUAUCUGCAUUGUACUUCACUGGAUUUUAUAGUGGUAUAUUCUUUAUAAUGAUCAUAAGUGUGGACCGCUACAUGGCAGUUGUUCAUGUUGUUUUUUCGCUCAAAGUUAGAACAGUCCAUUGGGGAUUAAUCAUUAGUAUUAUAAUUUGGCUUAUAUCUUUUUUCUUUUCUAUACCUAGCUUUAUAACUCACCAAGUAUACCACAGUAAUUAUUACUUCUGUGUCCCUAUUUACCCAAGUGAUAGCAUUAUGAACUGGAAGUUGUUUUCGUACAUCAAUAUCAAUAUCUUUGGCUUGAUCAUUCCUUUAUGUACCCUAACAUACUGCUACUCUCAAAUUAUUAUGAACCUACGAAGGAACAAAACCAAACAGAAGAAAUAUGCCAUUCGAUUAAUACUUACAGUUGUUAUUGUGUUUUAUCUUUUUUGGGGUCCUUAUAAUAUACUGCUCUUUCUACACAUUUUAGAAAUGUUUGGCGUACUCAAAGACCGUGACGUGAGCCAUUUGAAUUUGGCAUUAGAAAUAACACAAAUAUUGACCUUGGUACACUGUUGUCUAAAUCCUAUUAUUUAUACUUUUGCCGGUGAGAAAUUUAAAAAGUAUUUAUACAUAAUUUUAAGGAAGCCUUUUAGGGCAAUUAAAACAUCCAGAAUCAGGCAGUCAUUUCAAAGUUCAUUCACAGACCGCACAUCUACAAGCAAAGAAAGCAGAACUUGCUCUGUCACAGAUGAGUUUGUAUAAUCUUACUGUGCUUGUUUUGGUUAAUUGAGAAACUCUUUGAUAAUAAGAAAAAAUAUAAUUCGUAAAAAUUUCUCAAAAAUUCUUAUCAAUCAAAAAUAAUUCAGAUUUUUCACCCUUUAAAACAAUGCAAGUUUAUUCAUUGAAGUGUGAUUUUUUUUGAUGGGUGAGGGGGUGCAAAAUGGCUGGAUUAAAAGAUCCCAAUUUAGCUAUUAUUCAGGCCUAUUUUGCCUAAAGAUUGAAUUUCCUGGGUCAAUAAAAUAAUUAAACGUGAGAAAUAGCUUUUUUUUCCCAAAAAAGUUAUUCAUGUAAUCCUUAGUGAUAAUGUAAAUGUAUUGUUUAUCUUGUACAAAUGGACAGGUGUUUGUCA